UACACAUGGCAACCAUCUGCUUUCAGUAGGGGAGUGAGUGAGGCGCAGUUCAUCAAAGUUGGCUGUCCUGUCCCGACUUAGGACCUCUUUUUAACCCUCUCCAUUCUAAACUGAACCGAAUGGGGAAUCAUUCGUGACUGUUGAAUGUGUAGCGCUGAAUCGUGUCAAAGGGUAAAUUUGUCUCACUGCAUUGCAGCCACUAGAGCUGCUGCUGGACUCAAACAGCUCCACAAUGGCGACUCCCAGUCACAGCACCAAUUCACCAACUUCAUGCAAUAGGAGCAUUAGCGCUGUGGGAUCCGUGCUGCACCACCCGCAAAUGCAGACGCAACAUUUAACGACAGUGAGCAACAUGCAGGAUUCCAACACGUGCUGGAGGUGUCAAAAUGAAACAGGAUUUCAAAUAAAUCUGUCUGGAGUAACCCAAAGUAAACGCAAAGCACUUAAGUUAAACUUUGCUAAUCCACCAGUCAAACCAACUGCAAGACUCCCCAUCACGACAGCUAACCCUCCUUUCCAGAACCCACACAUAGAGAGGCUGCGGACACACAGUAUUGAGUCGUCAGGGAAACUGAAGAUUUCUCCAGAGCAGCAUUGUGACUUCACGGCGGAGGACCUGAAGGAUCUGGGGGAGAUCGGGAGGGGGGCGUAUGGCUCGGUUAACAACAUGGUGCAUAAACCUAGUGGUCAGAUCAUGGCUGUCAAGAGGAUUCGCUCCACUGUUGAUGAGAAGGAACAGAAACAGCUUCUCAUGGAUUUAGAUGUAGUGAUGAGGAGUAGCGAUUGCCCGUAUAUUGUCCAGUUCUACGGAGCACUUUUCAGAGAGGGUGACUGUUGGAUAUGUAUGGAACUUAUGUCUACCUCCCUCGAUAAAUUCUACAAAUAUGUAUAUUGUGCAUUAGAUGAUGUCAUUCCAGAGGAAAUAUUAGGCAAAAUUACAUUAGCAACUGUGAAAGCACUGAAUCACUUGAAAGAAAACUUGAAAAUAAUCCACAGAGACAUCAAACCAUCCAACAUUCUUCUGGAUAGAAAUGGCAACAUCAAGCUCUGUGAUUUUGGUAUCAGUGGACAGCUGGUUGACUCAAUUGCCAAGACCAGAGAUGCAGGAUGCAGACCUUAUAUGGCUCCUGAACGAAUAGACCCCAGUGCCUCUCGACAAGGCUAUGAUGUCCGCUCAGAUGUUUGGAGUUUGGGAAUAACAUUGUAUGAGCUUGCUACGGGACGUUUUCCUUACCCUAAAUGGAACAGUGUGUUUGAUCAGCUGACACAGGUGGUGAAGGGAGACCCACCUCAGCUCAGCAACUCAGAGGAGAGACAGUUUUCUCCCAAAUUUAUCCAGUUUGUCAAUCUUUGCCUUACAAAGGAUGAGUCAAAAAGGCCAAAGUACAGAGAACUGCUGAAGCACCCAUUUAUCCUGAUGUAUGAAGAGCGAGUUGUGGACGUUGCCAGUUAUGUAUGUAAAAUUCUAGAUCAAAUGCCCUCCCCUAGCUCUCCCAUGUAUGUUGACUGAUGGUGACCGGUCUGUUGGGUAUGAGGAUGGCCUGGCAAUCAUUUGGUGUACAUGCAGCGUCUCGCAAAACUUCUCGACCCUUAACCAAUUCCCAUUUUACUGAAUUGCAAAUACUGCUUUGAAAUGUUGAUCUCUGUGAUAAUGAAUUUCAAAACACUGAAAUUCAGAAAGAAUUAUUAUAAAAUUGACAUUGGCUUCUUUAUGCAGAAUUUGGAUCCUUUUAGGACUUAGUAUUUCAUUUUGAGUCUAAGUGUUUAGAAAAAAAAAUAUCACUGAGAACAAAACAACAAUGUAAUGUAGGGUUUGACAUUUUGUUAAAUGAGACAAAUAGUUAAGGGUCUAAGUAUUCCCUCAAGGCACCAUAAUUGUACUAUCACAUAUGUACAAACACAUUAUUGUGUUUAAAGAAAAAUACUCUACAAUAAUUCCCAAAAUGUUUUGUGCAAUAAAGAUCGGCUCUCAUUUAAAAGCCAUUUACAUUGCGGAGUUUAAACAAAAGCUAACUAGCUUCAAAGUUCAGCAAAACAACCUUUCUUAAUUUUUUGUAUGAUGCUACAUUUUUGUGUUUGUGAAAUCAUUUUGGAAUAUUAAUUAACAAAACUUGAAUUUGCUCAUUUAGGAUCAUCAGAUAGUUGAUGGAACAUGGGUAUGAUUACCGAAAUGACAUCAUUAUGAAACAAACAGAAAUGUAAAGUAAACAGCACACAUACCGUUGUUUUGCUUCAUAUGUGUACAGAUAAUCAGCAAAAGAACACCAUGCACACAAACACAUUUUACAUCAUUGUCAUCCUUUCUCUGUUUAAUGAAUCCAUAUGCAAAGGUAUUGUUCUGCAUCGAUGCAAUGUGUUAAAGUAGCUUUACUUGCUCAAUAUGCAAUAUUAUGUCAUAAAGAUCCAAAUGGUUUUCACUAUAUCAAAGAGAAAUCUGUCUAGUAUACUGAAUGCUUAGUUAGAUUAACAGGGCACUUCUUAUCCACUGUAAAUGUGUAUUUAUACAGGCAUUUUCUCUGUAACAUUGAGGAAUAUGCUUUAUUCACAAAUGUUUUUAGAAGCUCGUCCUCUCCACAGACUGCCCGUUUUCCUGAAGUCACAUUUUGGCUUGUCAAUUUUAUUUGCUUGGAUAGAAUGUGUCUGGGGCCCUCAAAUGAUAAUUCAUUGAUGGGUCACUUAUUUUUAAAGAUGUACAAUGGUUAUCAAAUCAUUUGUGGUAAACGGCUUGACUGCACAUUAAUAUGGCACCUGAUAGUGUUGAAAGUUUUAUUGAGAGUUUCAUAUUUUUAAAAAGUGUCAGAAUGGAAAAAACAAAAGAAUUGCCACAUCAUGUUAGCUCACUAAUAUAUGACAUUUACUCGUCAAUAGUCCUUGUGUUUAUUUUUAAAAGAUCAACUUUCCAGUUUCACAGUCGUAAAAAAAAACCAAAAAAACGCUUAAAUGCAAUCGAAGAAUUAAUAGUGUGCAAAUGGCAAAUCAUCCGAAUAUUUAGUAACGUGGUAAAAUAAUUUUACGGGCGAUGUGUAUUAUUAUAUUGUAUCAAGAGUGGAAAAUAUGUACAGAAAAGUUAUCACUGUGAAAAUACUUUGUGUAUGGUGAGAACAGUAAUCUGUAAAAAUUGUAACAAGGAAAUGUGCAGGGAUAAUGGCAUAUAUGUUCAGGUUGAGAUAUAUUAACCUUUGACUGCUUCGGGCUCUUUGUCUUAUACAUGUCACAUAUUUAAUGAGGACAUCUAAGAAACCAAGUUCACAUUAUUAAUAUUAUGAUCCAAGUAUUUGCCUGCAGGUCAGUUGUUACAGAAUUUGGAUGUAGCUGUGACCUUAUUGUCAUACUGCUCUGUUUGAUCUGAACACACUUAUGGGCUAAAUGCUAGAAUAAAACCAAGUACUCAGUUA